UUGUGGUCGCUCUUCUCCGGGACGUUAGAAACCGACUGUUCCCGCAGGUCUCCGGCCUCCCCCCGCAGAUCCUCCUCCUCCUCCUCCUCACGCAGCAGACAUGAAAUGGAUGUUCAAAGAGGAUCACUCCCUCGAGCACCGAUGUGUGGAGUCGGCCAAAAUACGCAGCAAAUAUCCAGACAGAGUACCGGUGAUCGUGGAGAAGGUGUCCGGCUCUCAGAUCGUGGACAUCGAUAAGAGGAAGUACCUGGUGCCCUCUGACAUCACAGUGGCCCAGUUCAUGUGGAUCAUCAGGAAACGCAUCCAGCUGCCUUCAGAGAAAGCCAUCUUCCUCUUCGUGGACAAGACCGUGCCCCAGUCCAGUCUGACGAUGGGCCAGCUCUACGAUAAGGAAAAGGACGAGGACGGGUUCCUGUACGUGGCGUACAGCGGAGAGAACACCUUCGGUCACAACGCCUUUCACACAACACGUGGUUAAUGCCCAACUGAACAACAGUCCCACACACACACACACA